UGCUCUCCUUCAUUCCUUACCCAAAUUAAGACGACAGAUUGGUGGGUUCUCUGAUUGAUGUUUACUACUUCCAAUCACUCGGGGAAUUCGUUUGCAGACUUGGCUUACUUACUCACUGUUAUCUUUGUAGCUCUGGGUUUCCCUGCCAGUGUGAUUUGUUUUUGGACGACGAUGGAGCAGAUGAUCUGGUCUUUCCUUUGGUCAGAGGUCGGAGUAGUACUUCUCAUGUUAGUUCUACUGGCCGGCCCACUACUUUAUCUUCUCAUCAGUUCCAAGUCUUCCUCCCCGUCUUCUGGUUCUUCUUCUAUGAACCUCCCACUUCCAGCUGGAGACUACGAAGUUUUCCUGAACUUUAGGGGCGCUGACGUCCGCUACCAUUUCGCAGAUUCUCUCUAUACGUGCCUGGUUAAGAAUGGGAUUCGAACUUUUUUUGACGAGGAAGAGCUGCGCAAGGGGAUGGAAAUGGGUCCCGUACUCAUGAAGUCUAUUGAGGGAUCCAAGAUCUACAUCCCAAUCUUUUCUCCAGACUAUGCUUCUAGUAGUUGGCCCCUUCGGGAGCUAGCUCACAUGGUGAAGUGCUAUGAGCAUGGGAAGGGGCACAUUAUCCUUCCCAUAUUCUAUAUGGUGAAGACUAGGGACGUGAAGUAUCAACAGGGUCCUUUUGAGAAAUCAUUUCGACAGCUUGCCAAGAAAUAUGAUUCAGAAACAAUAACUGGAUGGAAGAAAGCUCUCCAGACAGUCGGGGAAAUGAAGGGAUGGACAGUUUCUCCAUCAACUAGACAGGGAGUUACUAUUGAUGAAGUUUUUUCUUCGGUGAGAUCACAUCUGAUGGAGAAUUACAAGCUAGUGACGGGUCAGUUGGUUGGAAUUGAUCCUCACAUUGAGCAAGUGAAGGGGCUAUUACACAAAGGAGUGAAAAUUGUUGGCAUUCAAGGUAUGAGCGGUAUUGGUAAGACCAAUAUAGCCAAAGCUGUAUAUGACAGUAUUAGUGCUCAAUUUGAUCGAUGUUGCUUUGUGGAAGACGUGCGAGCCAUAUUGUCAAAGAGCGAUGGCAUUGUUACUCUACAAAACAAGAUUCUAUCUGACAUUCUAAGGUAUGACACCAAGGUGAGAGAUGCUAGUCAAGGAAUCCAAAAAAUAAAAGACAGAGUUUGCUGCUGGAACAACAUUCUCAUUGUGCUUGAUAACAUAGAUGAGUGGUUUGUGUUUGCGGAUACCUUGGGUGAUUUAACACAUUUUCGCUCAAAAAGUCGAUUUAUUAUUACAACCGUGGAUGAGAGAGUCUUUAAGUUCUUUCAAGAAUAUGAGUUGUACCAGCCAGAGGGAAUGAAUGCUUAUAUCGCCCUUCAACUCUUUAGUAGACAUGCCUUUGGGACUGAUUAUCCCCCCCAAGAGUACAUCUCUCUAUCUGAGGACUUCGUAAAAGUCGCAGCAGGUCUUCCUUUGGCUGUCAAGGCCAUAGGUUCACUGCUUUUUCGAAAAGAUAAAAGUUUUUGGGGUGCAAAGUUGAUACAGUUACAGGACAUACCUCCUGCCAUGGUGCAAGAGAGAUUGAAGAUCAUCUAUAUGGAUUUGACGCCAGAGGAAAAACACAUUUUUCUUGAUAUUGCUUGUUAUUUUAUCGGACAAGACUUCAAUGAACCGUCCUACUUGUGGAGUGACUGCAAUUUACAUCCUCUGAUAGUGAUUGAUACACUUUGUCUCAAGUCAUUGAUAAAAAUCGACGAGAGAAAUAAAUUCUGGAUGCACGAUCAGUAUAGAAUCCUCGGUAGAGCUAUUGUUCGUGAGGAAGACAUUCUAAAUCCAUGGAAGCGGAGCAGGAUGUGGUCCAACAAGGAUGUGCUGGACAUGCUAAGAGAUAAAGAGGGAACUGAGCGGCUGGAAGUUCUUAUAGUUGACAUGACUGCUGCGGAUUUUGUGCUCACACAGAAGGAAUUUCAUAAAUUGUCAGGGUUAAGGUAUCUCAAUGUGAGCCAUGGAAGGCUGAGUGGAAAUUUCAAGAAGAUUCUUCCGAAUCUAUGUUGGCUGCGACUUCAUUAUUGCCAUUCAAUCCCUAUCGAUUUCAAUGUGAAGAAAUUGGUAAUUCUGGAUCUAUUCUUGUGCCCUGUAGGAGAUAACUGGAGAUGCUGGGACAGAAUCAAGGAGGCAUGCAGGCUGAAAGCUAUAACUGUAUCGUCAUGCGACAACAUGAGAGAAGUUCCGGAUUUGUUCGGAUGUAGAAGACUAGAAUGGAUAAAUUUCGGGCUUUGUGUUAAUAUGGGCGGGGAAUUUCACAUUGGCAAUUUCAAGGUUCUGAGGGUGCUAAAGUUUUCUGACACUAAGAUAACAAAGUUAAAAGGUGACAUUGGAAGGCUUCAGAAUCUGCAAGAGAUCAAGGUGGAAUAUUCACGCUUGAGAGAAAUUCCUGCUAGCAUUGGUAAACUUUCCUCCCUCAAGAUCUUGGACUUACGAGGGCUUCAGAUUGAAGUACCAGAACUCCCCACAAGUUUAAAGCGGCUAACCCUCUCAUCGCCUAGGGUUCCCAAUCUUUUGGAGCUGUCCAAGUUGAAGGAUCUGAUGUUGAUGCAGGUUGGGAAUGGGCAGGAUGCCCUUGUUCUUCACCAAAAAUCAGUUGAUCCCAAUGACCAGAAUCAUUAUUCUCGACGACGUGGUAUGAGAACCCUUAUUUCUUCCUCGCCUACCCUCCCGUCAUCUCUGAACACUCUACUGAUCCAGGGUUGCCAGCCUUUGGAGAGACUACCGAACCUUGCAGAUCUGAGUACUUUGACGUCUUUAACUUUGAGUAUUAUAGGGGUACGCAGGAUUGCCGGUUUGGGAGAGCUGAGAAUGCUGGAAGUCUUCCACUUAUUGAGCGCUCCAAAUCUAAUUAAUCUCAAUGGCCUCAUACAUCUAGACCUUCUGAUGGAUUUGAGGGUGAGUGGUUGUACCAUACUGAGAAAACUGCCCAGCCUGUCAAAUUUGACCAGGUUAAAGAAGCUCGAGAUUAUUGAUUGUCCACUCCUCUCUGAAAUCCAAGGCCUUGGUGAACUUGGGGAUUUAUCAAUUCUACGGAUGAGGAGAUGUUAUCAGUUGAAUGGGGUGAUGGGGCUUGACAAAUUGGAGUCAUUGCAAGAAUUGGUGAUUACUCAUUGCCCGUCGAUUGUGAAGCUGCCUGAUUUAUCUGCUUUGGUGCACUUGUGGGAUAUGGAAAUUGCGGGAUGCUAUCACUUAACUGAAGUUACUGGGAUUGAAAGAUUGGAGUCGUUAUAUGUCCUAUUGAUUGAUUAAAGGCUGAAGAUGCGAAAGAGGAGUACAAGAGGUUAAAAACGAAGCAUUGAGAGAACGGAAAAUUAAAAUAAGCCGGCUACUUGGGAAUGUGGCUAUCCGUUACUUCAUUCUCAUCAUUGAUAUUGAGUCGCCGGUGGUUGGGUCUGCGACAAGGUCAGUCUCUCCUGUAACUAUUUCCCUUUUCUUCCGGUUUAUCAGACUGAAAUUAUUAUGAAUUAUUGGCUGUGUUCUCACAAACAGUUGAUGUGAUGACUUCUUUGGUUCAGAGCAGCUGCUGGGGAGGAAAACUAAUAUAAGCUAAAUCCAGAAGCUCAACUCCAUCUAAAAGGGAAGGAAGAUAAAAAUAAGCUGGCUGCUUGGGAAUGGGCGGUGGGAAAGCAGAUAUCCUGUCUAGACCACCCUUCAUAAUUUAAAUCCAUGCUGGGUGACAAGAAGGGAUUAUUUUGUCUACAUUUUUUGGUGCUCUUAUUCCUUUUGGUCCUUCUUUAUUGAGGACACUUUAAAAAUGCUUUGGUGUUUUAUUUUUGAUGCAAUAUAUAAGCAUGUUAUUUGGUCUCUAAAAUUUGUUCCUGGUUGUUGAGGAAAUGGUUAAUCGCGGCUCGAACGUUAGUUCAAGCUGAAUGUUAUUGGAUGCAUACAGUUGACUGAACUUACUGGAGUGGAGAAUUUGAAGGUUUUAAUUUGUCUGUUGGUGGACGGCUUGCUGGCAGCCAAGUAUGAAUGUCUAUGCACACAUUGCCGAAAUAAAUCGGCUGGUGCCUAUUGAUGACUUGGAUAGGGGUCUAAGGAACCAAGGUUUGUAGCUAUCUUAUACUUGUCUUCCUUGAUUGUUCAGGUUGAGUCAUGACCUGGUGUUUAGAAUUUUAUCUGUUAAACAAAUUGUUCUUAACUUGAUUCAGGUUGAUCCAUCUCUGUCUAGGAUAUUACUUUUCCUCAUCUGCAUUAUUCUUGUUCCAUACGGUUACAUAUGUAAGUUAUGUCGCUGCAGUACUGGUUCUAAAAUUUGGAGGCAUAACCAAUACCAACUUUCUUUCAAUGGGGUUUCAGGUCUGCUUUAGAAUGUUAUGUUCUUCUCCUUUAAAAUUGUAUCGUGGUAUGGGAGAAUACAACUAACUAACUAACUAACUAACUAACAGUACCACGUUGUAGAUUCGUGGAUGCACACGGUUAGCCAAGAUUAAAGGGCUUUGAGAAGUUGAAGUCGUUUGCAGCUCUCGAUAUGUUGGCUUGCUCAUCAAUGAAGGAGCUUCCAAGUUUAUUCAGAAAUGUAAGCUCCCUAGAUAUGAGUGGUUGCAAAGCAGUGGAGUGACUUGAUGGGGCUUGAGAAUUUGGAGUCAUUCCAGCUUCUAAUAUGUCUUAAUCUUGGACUCAUAUGCAGAAAGAUAACUUACUGGAAUGGCAUCUUGCUCUAGACUCUGACUUUCGAGUACACUUGAAGCGAGCCAAAAUGGAGAGCUGCUGUCUGCUGGUCCUGAUUUUCGAGUUGUUCAGCCUUCUCUAGGCUCUGUUAUGGGAUUUGUGAUGAGGUCUGCGGAUGGUUGUCCACAUCUGUUUGUUGAUUUUCAGCACCCUGGGAUCAUCAAUCUGUACUUGGCAGAUCAACUAGCCGCUCGAGAUCGCCUGCUCUUUUGAAGUCGUGAUCCGCCAGCUUCUCAGUUGGGUAAGUCAGAUGUAGUUGGAGACCUAGUGCUAAGAGUCUGUCUUCAAAUGGUACUUGGAGUUUUGUGUGAUCCCUACUCCCUAGGACUAUCAAUUGGAUCCAUAUCCAGGUAGAGAAUGCAUAUGGUAUUCAGAAUUGCAUAACCGCAGUGGCAAGGUUAGAAGAGAAUAGAUCAUGGUCAUUUGUUCAUUGUUUAAUCUUAGUGCUGAGUUUUGGCCAUUGUUUAUUUUUUGGUUUGACAGGGUUUGGUGGUCUUUUUUUAAUCUUUUGUUGAGUCUUGCUCAUUGUUUUAUUUUUUUGCGUUUGAGCAGGGGUUGCUCAUUGUUUAAUGAUCGUUGGUUGAGACUUGGUCAUUGUUUUCAAGGUUUUGAUGAAGGUGACACAAUUUGAUCGAGUUAGAAUUAUAAUUAUAGGAAAUAAAAUAAAUGCAGGUACAACUC